AUUUGUUAUUUAACAAAUUAUUUUCUAUCCUUACACCUGUUUUCUUUUUUUUCUUGUUUUAGUUACAUUCACGUUUCACUUUGUUUGUUAUGUAUGAAUUUAUGUUAUGUACGUAUCCUAUUGACACCCAGUUUUCCACUUUUAUGUCUCCUUAAAAUCAGCUUAUUCCUCUCUGUCUGACAGAAUCACACACAUCGUGUAACAUCUUGUUCCAGCUCUUUGUUUAAGCUAUUUGAUGUUUACACCGAGUGAAAUAUUCAAACCCAAGACUGCAUUUUUUUAUGGCUGCACCACUAAACAAAUGGAAAUAUUCUAGAUGUCGUGUGCAUCAUUUGACAAACAUUUCCCCAAAAUGUAGCCUGAUAUAUUUGAUAUCUGUGGGUUGGAACAGUGUCUGUCAUUAGUGUACAUAUCUGUAUAUGUAUGUGUGUUUAUUUGUGUAUUGUAUGUAUCCAUAUAUGUACUGUAUGUCAUCACCAGUACAUUUCACAUCAACAGACUAAUCCAGCAACUUUAAACAGGUCUGUCUAACCUAAUGAGUGUAAUGAGUACAUUCCUCUGCUGGAUUCCUCCCAGAAUGCAUCAGGGCCACCAAUACAAAAUGACCCGUCCAGCUAAAACAGAUGCAAGUAUUUUAGUAGGAGGCUGCGAGUCCUCUGCUGGCAGGCGCUUAAUGCAAUAUGUGCCCGUAAGAUGAAGUCACAAACAUUGCAACUGUAGUCAACUCCCACUCGCCGGGCAGCACAGACGGGGUAUUAUGUGGACGAGUACCAGCUGGUACCACGGGCUCCUCAUCCUCCUCGGGACUUCAUUUGUUGCUGCCUCUGAAAUCAGGACAUGGAACUGAAAUGGAAGAGCAAACCUGUGAACGUUCUCCUCGGAUGCAUGGUGGCCGUCUGCUUUUGUACAGUUUGUCCAGCUGCAAGACUUUGCACGGUUCCUCCGGGCCCCGUGACGAUCCCAGAAAACAACACGGCUGACGUCCAGCUGAUAAAGAUCAGCUCCAGCAGUGAUGUAACACUGACGAUCACGGUGAAUCCUCAAGAUCUGUUCUACCUGUAUGGGAACGCCCUGAUGGUAAAGAAAGGACUGGACUAUGAGUCAUUGUCCAGUGCAGCUCUGGUGGUGUGGGUGCAGUGCAGCAGAGCCGGCUCCAGAUCUGUGAACGAGUCUGUUGAGGUUUUGGUUGAAAAUGUGAAUGAUAACCCCCCAAACUUUGCACAAACCCAUUUCGUACUAGAAGUGAACGAGCUCACGCCAGUCAACUCCAGCGUUGGACUGAUUGAAGCAACAGACGUUGAUUCAGAGCCGUUGUACUAUCGCUUAGAGUCUGCAACACAGGAUAAAUACUUCCGCCUGGAAAACAUCAACACUCCAAAGAUACUUGUUAAAAGCAUCCUGGACUACGAUGUUGUACAGAAGAUCUCUCUGGUUUUACAUGUUCAGGAUACGUUCAAUGGUUCGGCCUCCAACGAGCCCUUCUUCACAUCUGUGGCCACCAUCACGGUGCACGUGAAGGACGUUGAUAACCGGCCCCCGUGGUUUCAGCCUUGUUUGAGGGCCAAUUUAGGAAUCGCCAAACUGUGUGUGAGCGCCGGCUACAGAGGAAAAGUCAAUCUCACUGAGAAGGAGGAGGGGCCGUUAGUGCUGGAGCCAGGUCCGGUGUUCGCCAAGGACGGAGACAAGAACAGGAGCGAGCAGAUCAGCUACAGAAUACUCCGAGGAAAUGAGGGAAAUAUUUUCCAGAUUGAUGAGGAAACAGGAAACAUCACCAUGGCUAAAGCUGCUGACAUCGUCGGCCCAAUAACUCUCACUGUUCUGGCGUCACAGGUGACCAACAGGGAUCAGUUUGCUGUGACGCAGGUGACCAUCGAGGUGAUGAAGAAGAGCAGGAACCCUCCUCGCUUUGAGAAGGAGCGAUACGAAGGAUUUAUCUACAGCAACUCGGUUCCCGAGAGCAUGAUCCUCCGAGACCGAAGCACCAACCGGCCCUUCAGGGUCCGAGCUCGGGACGAGGACUUCGCCGCUGGUAUGAAUCCAGAUGUGAAGUAUGAGGUUCAGUACAGCAGCUACGUCAACGUGACCUCAGACGGUUUUGUGAUCCUGAAGAGAGUUGUGAAGACGGAGUCCUUCGCGCUUCAGCUCAGAGCAGUGGACACAACAACAGGGGAGUUUGGAACAGCUGCCCUCUCUGUUCAGGUCAUACCUGCGGUGGCCAUCCCGUCUCCCUCAAACGUCGGCUACCGUCCGGGCGACAUGGCGCUUCUGGGUCUGGUCAUGGCAGCUCUGCUGGUCCUCUGCGUCAUUGUGAUUGGCUUCUUGAUUUCCCGCUUGUCGAAGGGAAAUGCCAGCAUGGACAAAAUAUGUGAGUGCCUGGGCCCCUGCCUGAAGUCCGACCAGCCCCGGUCCGGCCACAGGGACUCCCUGCAGUACACCAACGAUGGCUUCCAGAAUGAGGGCGACCCGAGCCGUGGGGGUGCCAGGCGCUGGAACAACGCUCUCCCCAGACGGAGCACCUUCCCUGGAUCACGAGGCCGGGUCAUCCCCCUGGAGAGACGGAGCCGCCACUGCUCCUCCUGUGGCGUCUACACCAACCACGUCCCCAAGGGGAGCCCCUCAGCGAGACCGUCCAGGAGAGGGAGAGGAGACGCCGAUGAGUACAGCAUGAGGUCGAUCCUGACCAAGCAGAGGAGGAAAGAGGGCCAGAAGACGGUGUGGUUCAAGGAGAGCGAGGACUCCUCUGACAUCGAGGUGGAGAUUAUCCCAGACACUGUGGGCCGGGUGGAGGAGGAGACUCAGGAGGAGCUGGAGGGGGAGGUGGAGAUGGAGGGGGUUGUCAGAGACCCGGCAGCACCGCUGAGAGAGUCUGACGGCGGGCAGGAGAGCCAGAGCACAGAACCCAGCGAGAAGCAGGACCACGGAAACACCAGGUCAGAAAAAAAGAAGGGAAGCCAGGAGCAGGAGGGCUGACAGCAAAGGUCAGAGGUCAAACUCGAGUCGGCGGAAAUGUUCAUGAAACUGAGGCGUUUGUUUUUGUCACUUUUUGGAGACAGCAGCCUACAGCAGAAGUCUCAGCAGUCCAGGAUGACACAUCCAACAUCUGUGGAUAAACUGCCAAACCUCAAGAAUAGAUUCAAGGAUCCAAAAAGUAUUUAUUUUCUACUGUGAGUAUCUGAGAAUAUAGUGUCCAAGGUAAUAACUUACAAUACACAAUACAAUGUUAAAAACACAUACUUGUCACUAGUGUUGGCCAAGUAUACACUAUGAGAUGAGAUGUUUCUAAAACACUUAUGCUGAGGUGACUCCUCCUUUUAAAGGUUAAGUCUAGCUUCACAAAACUUAUUUUGAUAGUUUGUUUUUAUUGGUAAUACAUUGUACUCACUAAAUUAAUUGCUGGAAUUGCAGCAACAUUGCUACAACAAAGUCAGACGGGACAAAAGACACGAACAGUUAUAGAAGACAGGUUGCAAACAAACCCGGCAGGGUCGCUAGAGAGAGAAAACAAAGGUGAACGAUAAAAUUAUUACCCAAACUUUCCAUUGCAAACAUCCAUUACAGUUUUACAGACCCACAGUUUUCCUGUGCAAUGAGGGAUUGUUACUGACAUUUCAGGUGUUCGCACCUGCAGUUUGGGGUAAAAAGUGUAACAGACAGCCAAAGUGAAACUGUUCUGUUCCAGAAGUAAAAAACAAAAACAUUGGCUAAUCCCAUUGACAUUUAUAUUAACGUAAAUAACUAAAAAUCCAGCCAUAACCUUAAAGUAUAUAGUGUGGUUCAUUCCAUAUAUCUUGAUAAGGAUGGUAAAAAAACCCAAAAUGAUCGGAUAUAUUCAAACAGCAUUUCCCAUAAGCCCACAGACCAUUGCUGCUUAAGUCACGACUUAACAGAAGAGGUGAGUUGAGGCUCCGCAGUGACUUCAGACGUGGCUGUAAUACCGGCAGGACAGGGCGAUCUGGACGGUGGAGACGUUUUAGACAGCAGAGAUCACAAAAAUUCCUUGAGAAGAGAGCGUUGGUGAAGUUCCCGCACUGCACUAAGGUUUCCCCUUCUCAUAGCAAAUGCUGGAGUGGAGCUGAUUUGAAUAUGGACGGUAAACCUCAGGAACACGCUUAAUUUUUUUCAGAAAGACAGAAGAAAGAAAUGCUGAACGAGAGAUUGUAUUGAGUUAAAGAAGCUAGUGGAACAGAGGCUAGACAGGAAGUGAUGUCACGGCUCUCUAUUAUUCCCCACAUCGCAUCAGUACGCACACUGGAAGAUAUAGUUAGACAGUGGGUGUCCCAGUGUGUUGGCGGGGUCACAUGCACGUUUGCUUUCAGGCAUGAAAAGGAAACACAAAUGGAAACUUACUAAAUUACAAAGAUACUGAUCGUCCUCGCACAGAUUUCAUGUACUGCUGAAUGUUGAGAGGUGGGGAACUGGUUACCUCACACACAGACGACCUGCUGUAGUUAAAAAUGUGUAUAUUGUUGUUAUUGUUGAGUGACGACGUAAAAUGUAGCACAGGGUCCGCCAAAGUAUUUACCGGGGGUUGGGAACCUUUUGAUUUAGAUAAACUGGCUAAACUGCUGGUUUGUUUGCAGCUUGACUGACUGUCUGACUGCUCUGUAGCAAUGUCAUCAUGUUCCCAGAUCUCAGCAGUUAUUUUGAUGAUUACAGUGUUAUAACGGAUAGAAACGAUGGCCAAAACAACUAAAAUCAGAUCGUAAUGAAGUAAGAUUGCUUGGUACCACUUUCUAAUAAGGCACCAUUUAUAAAAGGGUUUAUAAGUUGUAACUGCAACUGUAGGGCUGCAACUAACUUUUCAUUAUCGAUUAAUCUGCAAAUUAUUUUCUCAGUUAAUCACAUAAUUGUUUUGUCUACCAAACCUCAGAAAACAGGGAAAAGUGCCCAAAUGUGACGUCUUCAAAUGUCUUGCUUUGUCCAACUAAUAGUUCAAAACACAAAGAUAUUACAUUUACUGUAAUCCAAGACAAGGGAAUGCAGCAAAUUGUCACAUUUGAGAGGCUGGAACAUCAAAAGUUUGGCAUUUCUGCUUUAAAAAAAUGACUGAAACGAUUAAUCGAUUAUCAAAAUGGUUAAAAAGGGCAGUACCGAUACAAAUCAACUGAUCCCAGUGCAUUUAGGCUCUACACAAAAUCUGUUGCUAAAUACUGUUUGAUUGCAAAGCAACAAAAAAACGAUUUUUAGCUUCGCACUUGAACAUGUUGCUCCAGCGCAGGAUGUGCUUAUCUGGCCUUUUUCUGUUGAUCGACUAAUUGAUUUAUCGACUAAUUAUUGCAGCUCUAGUUGUAACUAAUUGCUUUAUUAGUUGUAAAUAAACAAUUUAUUGAUAAAAUACUCAUAACGUUGACUUGACUUUUGCUGACGAGUCAUCAAUAAAGGGUCAAAGGUUUCUCCUUCUAAUAAGACAUCAGCAGUCAUCUGUAAUUAUAAAUGUUAAUAAAUUAUUAUAAUGAUCUGUUAAGCCUGCAUUUAUAAAUGCUAAUAAGUUGUAAUAAAUGGAUAUUGAUCCAGAAGGUCAGAGGUCAAAUGGCUCAUUGGAACCGUCUGCCUGAUGAACUAAAAAGACAAAAGUGUUGUUCUUAUAAACUCGUUAUAAAGUUUACCUUAUUAGAAAGUUGGAUUUACAGGAUUCUAAGUAUCUUGAAUCGUCAGGUAUUUCAUUCACUUGAUUAGUCAAGAACAGACAUUCCCAUCUGCUUAUUUUAUCAGUUUGUUUAUAGUUUCUCAAUUGAAUUUUCAGGAAAUGUACAAUACGGUUUACAGUAUAUCAAAUAAAAUAUAAAAUUACCAUGAUGGAAGAUUUUAUCUAUAUUACCCACUCCUACAUGUCACCUGCAGUCAGGUCAGGAAGUCAGCUGACUACACCAGUCAACAAAAGGGCCAAACACUGAUGACUGCUGUGAUGAUUUCAGUCUCAUCCCACUCUGCACACUUUCUGUACAAGCUUUACUAAACUGAACCAGAAGUGUCUGGAUUUUAUAGUGAAAAAUAUGUGAAAACUAAACAGAGUACGUUUUUAUGUGGGCUGUAUUUUAUUGAGCAUGUUAAGUAAAAUAACUACUUUUAUGGAUAAAUCUAUGGUUAAUGUAUAGUUUUUGUACAUUAAAGUGAUUGGUGUAGCGUGUUUGAGGGCAUAAUAAAGUUUGAAGGAUUUGUUGA